ACAAAGACUGACAGAAAGACGCGGAGGAAGAAAAAUCACGGACAAAAACAUUAGUGUUUGCGUUUUUAUUAAAACACGGAACCAUGCAAAGUCUUUAGCUUCAAGGAAACUAUCCAGACGUAACAUUAAUGCUUGUUUUUUUAUGGUAUAAGACGGUCCUCAUUAUUUAACUCGCUGUCUAUCAAACAUGUUAGAUGACGGCUCAUCUAGAAAUGAGCUCGCUGGUGGAGAUUCAGAGACUGGUUUGUCAAAUGAACGGGUCUUUAAACUCGGUGACGGGACCCCGUCCUCUAAGUUCCUGCAAGCUGAACUGGAGCUGAACGCCCACCUGAGUGGGCUCACCUUCAGCGAGCCCGUCCGAUACAUCUACAACCCGCUGGAGUACGCCUGGGACACUCACCGCUGUUACGUGGAGAGAUACUGUCAGGCCGGGCAGAGCGUCCUGUUCCUGGGGAUGAAUCCCGGACCUUUCGGCAUGGCACAGACGGGGGUUCCAUUUGGUGAAGUGAGGUCAGUCGUCGAGUGGCUGAAGAUCACAGGGGAGGUUGGUUGCCCUCACGACGAGCAUCCUAAGCGACGGAUCACUGGGCUCGCCUGCACUCAGAGUGAAGUCAGUGGCGCUCGCUUUUGGGGCUUCUUCAGAAAAUUGUGUGGCGAACCAGCGCUGUUCUUUCGACACUGCUUCGUGCACAAUUUGUGCCCUCUAAUCUUCAUGAGUGCCAGCGGGAAGAAUCUGACACCCCCCGAGCUGCCUGCUGGUGAACGGGAGGCCCUGCUCAAACUGUGUGACAUCGCGCUCUGCCAGGUGGUGGAGGCACUGAAUGUCUCCAUGGUGAUUGGUGUGGGAAGGGUGGCAGAGCAGCGAGCGAGGCGAGCUCUGUCUGCUGCAGGUGUCAACGUGCGAGUUGAGGGCAUCAUGCAUCCGUCUCCCAGGAACCCGCUUGCCAAUAAGGGCUGGGAGGAUGUGGCUAGAGCAAAGCUGGCAGACCUGGGUGUUCUCUCGUUACUCAACAAGUCUUGAACUGAUCAGUAGCCGUAUGGAGAGCACUCACUCUGUCAAUGGAUCAGCAUGUGUGAACAAAUGUUGGAUGUCUCCGUGACAGUGGCAUCAAACUCCUGCUCUUUUAUACACUAAUGCCUUCAAAAACUGUACCAAUCACAGUUACUGGGAAUUGUCUGUUCCUUUUCAAACGGGUUUUUACUGAUCAAUAGAUGCAAAUCAAUAGUGGAAGAGAAGUGGAACUACAGUAUUUCUGCACUAAUGUAACUACAAGGUACUUCACAUAUAUAGUAUCUUUAUGCACAUGUAUUGUAUCUUUAUGUAAAUAAGUGUGUACAGCCUUUGGGGCUUUGGAGUUCGACAUAAACAUAGAGAUUUUAAUAAUACAACUCACAACACCCACAACUCACAACAUGAAUUCAUAUGGAAAAUACCAUGAUUAAAAUGUCUUCUACACAUGAGGAAAGGUUUGCUUGUACGCCUACAGACAAUAAUUCACCUUCAUCAUAUAAUCUAAUUAAAAGAAUUUUAAGUUUUAAUUUGAACUUAACAUUAAAAACCAUGCCUCUUAUCAUUCAAACAGGCACCAACAUAUAAUGUUAUAAUUGGUGCUUAUAAUGCAACAGGAUGCCAUAUAAAUUCUGUGGCAUUAUCAUGUUCAGAAAUAAAUUUAAUUUUACAAACAAGGUCUUGCAAAAAAUACACGUGCAUAUGUUGUAUAUGCAGGACUAUUAUAGAAGGUCAUUUAUGUAGCUGUUAAAUAUAUUUUUAUCAUUAAUUUUGAUGUAUUGAAUGUAUGUUUUAUGUUUAUAUUCUGUUUUUUUGUGGUAUUUCUGAGCACAGUGAUCUUGAAAAGAAACCUUCUUGUUUUUCAAAUAAAUGUUAAAUGGGACAACAUGUUAUUUAUUUCCAAGAUAAAGGCUCCCUGACAGCUGACAAGGCUAUUGUUUAACUUAGCAUGUUAGCAUGGUAGUAUUAAUGAAGGAAGGCUAGAAAUGUUAGUCUGCAUGCAGUAGUCUGCAUGUUCCAGAAACUUCAUACAUUACAUUACAUACAUUACUGAGUUGGAUGACAGUUAAAAGUAAUUAAGAGUGAGUCAGCAUCAGGCCCCCAGCAGACCUGGUUCAUAAUUUGAUAUCUAAUAAUAGUUUAGCUGUAAAUGUGUCAUUCUGACACAUGGUAAUCUGCAGUCCUUUAUUUCGGCUUUGUGAAUCCCCAAGCACAUAUAACAACAACACACUUUCUGUUGGAUCAAGGAAAUAUUUAAUAUUAAUUGUACUAAAAAGCAACACUCUGUGGAGAUUAAAGCCAUAUCACAAGCAGUGGUGAAUACUGUGAAAGGCAUGUUAACUUAUUUGGGGUUAGUACAGCACUGCUGCCUUCAACUGGAACUGGAUACCUUUCUCUCCCAGUCCCACCAAAAACUGAAGAAACUCAUUUUAAGAUUUUAAAUGACAUUUACCCUUGCAAUGAAUUUCUUAGACAAAGAUUUAAUUUGGAAAGAAACAAUUGUAAGUUUUGCAACUUUGAUACUGAAACGCUUGAACAUGUAUUUUUUAAUUGCCAAUGUAUCAGAACUUUUGGGGGACUCUUUCAAAACUGUCAAAACUGUCAGUCCUGAAAAGGCCUCCAAGCACCGACUUUAAAUUUCAACACUAUUAAAAUCGGAGUUUUAAUGCAGGACAAAAAAAGAAAGCUAUGCUAUAUAACACCUUAAUUAUUAUGGGGAAGCAUUUUAUCCAUAGAUGUAGAUUUUCAAAUGUCACACCACUGUUUUUAAUUUUUAUGAAUGAGCUGAUUAAUUUCAAAAAAACUUUGAAACAUAAAAACUAAACAAGCCUUAUGUGUUUACAAUAGCUCUGACUCUGACUUUUUUUGAUUUUCUGAUUUUGUUUUUUGUUUUUUUAUAUUAAUUUUCUGUUGUGUUUUGAUGAUACGGUGUUGUUUUCGUGUAUUUACAUGCUACACCUUGACUGGAAUAUUUGAUUAUUCCUGACUUUGCAAUGCUGGAAUUUGUUAAUUAAAUCAAAUAAAAACAAAAACAAACAAACAAAAA